UACGUUCCACCCCCGUCCCACCUAAUCAUGAAAAGCCUACAACUUCUAGUGGAUGUGAUGCUGCUUGUGGUUCAAUUAUUGGAGGUGUUCUUGGAGGUAUUGCAACUAUUAUAGCUGCAAUAAUAGGAGUACGUUGUUACAGAAAGAAUCCCUAG